UGAAAAACACAAUUUUAAGUUUGUCAAAAAUCAGCACUUUCCCGGUUGUCCCCAAAAACCCAAUAACCCUCGUGCGCUCACCCUCAUCUGUCGCGCUCUCUCUCUCUCUCUCUCACACACACAAUCACACACACACUUUAGUACUCUCUCUCUACCUCUGUCUGAAUGAUUCGAGAAAGAUCUUAAAUAGCCCCCUCAUUUCGUCUCACUCGAUGCUCCUCCCCUUUGGAUCUGGGGAUUCUUCACUUCUGCUCAAAGGUUUUACUUCAUUGUUUGAACCUUUGGAGCUUACCGUUGGAAGAUUCGUGAUUGAUUAGGAGGCUUUGACUGAAAGAGGGAGUUAGGAUUCAAUUGCCGAAGUAGUUCUAGUCAUGAGCAAAAGUUGAGAAGUUGUUGAUGUAGUAGUUUAGUUAUUAUCGGUCUUUGCCUUGAAAUUUGGUGCAUACUUGGCAAGAGGAGGCGAUUUGGGUUAUAGCUCCGGGGCAAAGAUCUGAAUUUUAGGUAUUAGAGGGAAAAAUUGAUGGGUUGUGGAAAUUGAAGUGUGUGGAGAGAAAAAGUUGACAUAUUAAUUUCAAUGGAUUGCACACUUCCAAGUGAUAGAGAUUUUGCAGUUGAUCUUGAGAGUGGUGGGACUACUAAUGAUGAAGUGGGAAGCACAGAUACUGUUUUCGGUGCCAAACUAGCAAAAACAUUUUUCUCCAAGGUCUGCAGUGGGUCAGUCAAGAGUGAAAAUGGGGUUAAUUUAAGCAGCAAUAUGUCAAAUGGCACCAAGGCUUCCCAUGAAAAUGUCAAGUUGUUAGACAAGAAGGUGGAGGGAGAAGAGGAUACAGGGAAGGAAAAACGUAAGAAGACGAGUGCUAAAAAGCCUCCCAAACCUCCUCGACCCCCCAGAAGUCCAUCAUUGGAUGAUGCAGACCAGAAGCUAAUCAAAGAGAUCUCUGAACUUCUCGUGAUGAAACGUGCAAGAAUCGAGCGAAUGAAGGCAUUGAAGAAGAUGAAAGCCUCUAAGGCAUCGUCAUCAAAUGGCAACUUAUUCGCCAUGCUGUUUACCAUUCUCUUCUGUCUUGUGAUAGUCUUUCAAGGAAUGUGCUCUAGAAGAAGUUCAGCUGCAAGCUUUGAGGGCUCACCGGAGUCGGCUCAAGCCACCGAGGGUGGUCUCAUUUCAGUUCGGUACCACUGGAAUCCAUCUACAAGUGAUCCCAAUAUACCUGGUUCUGUGUCUCCCAAUUUAGCGGAGUCUGUUUCUGGUUCAGAUCCCGGGGAUAAGAUGAACAGAGCUACAGGAUGAAUGGAACAGAAUUGGGAACAGAGUAGAUCCACUGUUUUUUUGUUUUGUUUUUUUUAUACGCAUCAUACAUAUACUAAUGUUGUGCACGAGUAAUAACCAUAGGAGCUUUGCCCGUGUUGUCUAAAAUCUCCAUGUAAUUAAAGAAUCUGAAGUUGCCGCCCCAGCAACUAUCCUUGCCAACCAGAAUUUGAGGCAGAUUUCUUAUGAAACUCGGUCUUGGAGGUUUUCCUUACCGGCUUUUCUUACAAACUCUCAAGGAAUUGCUGAAUUCUGCAGAAUCCUUUGUCAUUGCAUAUAUUAUGUUUUUCAAUAAGCUGCAUAUAUUAUAUAGAUGGUAUUAAGUUGUUGGAUAUGUUGAUAUACUAAGAAAUGGAUGCUUAUGGAUCACUGAGAGCUUAUAAUGUUUUUCUAUGGUUAUCUAA